GGACCUGGUGGCAGUCCUUUGCUGCUUGAAGACAUAAACCCGUCAGGACGUGAUGAAACAUCAAGAACUUUAACAGAUCGUGUUACAAGAACCAGAUCCCGCAAAACUGCCAUGCAUCAGAAACUGUCUGUUGAGGAAAACAAGUCCUUCCUUUUCUCUCCUCCUCUCACAAAGCUGACGAAGAAAUUUAAAGCUGGAAAAGCAGACCAUCCUGUGCAGCUUAAGGAUUUAGACCCGGACUUGUCUUCUCAAUUUGUCUUUUCACCCCCUCUUUUGAGGUCAAGGAGAAAAAAUGUAUCUAGCAUUUUCCGAAUAGUGAAAGAACCAGAGCUUCCAACUAAAGAGGAUGAGGAUACCAAAUCCAUAGAGUCUGUGGGAAAGCAAAAAUUGAAGAGAGGGAGAACUGCAAAAUCAAAAACGAAGAAAGCAAGCAAAAAAGAAGGUUCUUGGUCACCUCCACCAGUGGAAAUAAAAUUCAUCUCUCCUUUUGGAAGUCCAGUGGAUGGAACAAAAAGCAAACAGAAAGAAACUGCAGACGUGGCAGAGAAGACUCUACGAAAGAACAAAAAAAGACUGUCUAAUUUUCCAAAGCCAGUUUUGCGCCGGAAGAUGCUGUAACUGUUUUUUAAGUUUGUAAUGUACACCACUGUUUGUAAAGUCAUCAAAAUUGUGUGGACUAGUAAAAAGAAAAAAUAAUCUAAUUUGGAAGAGAUAAUUUAUAUAAAUUAUUGUAAAAUUUCAUAAACAAAUGGUCUUCAAUAAGUAACUCCAUAUGGAGUGUGAUUUCCUCAGUCAAUGCAGUUUUCUAUUUUAUAUUAAGACUUCAUACGUUUAUAUAAUAUGUAAAUACAGCUUAUUUUAGGAAUGUUAAAUAAAAAUGUAUACUUCACGAUA